CAGGCUUCCAUUUCGAACCCUGUUAUAUUUGGGAGGUCAGGCUAUUGGAAAAUUUGAUUACGCGUCUGCCAAUGCUUGGAUCGCGUGCUUUGUUCAUUGUAUAAGCACUACCAAUCAUACCAAGUGCACUGACGACUACAUCGCCUCAGAAACGACAAAAUGGCUGUUUGUAAGGCUUGCGAAGAUCCUCUGGUGUUCCAAACUGCUGAAGAGGACGAUGAUAACGAGCAAACCGUCCCGGACGAUCUUGAACUGCAAUGCGGCUGUCAUUUCCACUGGCAAUGUUUGCUCGAUGAAUCUGCAUCCGUAGCAGUCUCACUACAAUGUCCAAGCUGUGGGGCCAAUCUGCCCUCGAAUAACGCAGGCGCCUCGUCAACAAAUCCGUUCUUGCCAUCACCAGGGGCAUCGGUCUUUGCGAGAUACACCAAUGAGGGUGGCUUGCAACCCAACUUGGAUAUCCUCCCUGCCAUCACGGAAGAGGCGCAUCUGCUUAACCAACCCGAAGCGAGGCCUGCCAGGGCGUUCCAGGUCAUGUGCGCUGAGGGUGACGUUGAGGGCAUGGUUGAGCUACUCGCUGCACUUGACUCGGAUGAGGACGAAACUGCAAGUGCUACGUCUGUCCUUCAAUAUCAAGAUCCUCUCGCGGGACAGAAGAGCAACCUUCACAUCGCGGUGGAAAACGCCCAAGUCGACGUUGCCCUGCUGCUCUUGUGGCUCUCCUCCACAGCACCUCCUGAAGCGUUCCCGGACAUUGCCCGUCAAACGGCUGAAAGGUUUGGACUGAGCCGACUGACUGCGCAGACUGGCGACAUUCGGCUGUUGCAGGACAGCAACGGCCUUACGGCAGAACAGUACGCGCAACGGACGACUGGGCCUCUCGCCCCUUUGCUCGAGUCAGGAUUGCUGAGUCCAGGAGCGUGAAGCUCGAGCUCAACUGCCACCGACCCUGAACCACAGCAUGGGCAACCGGAGUUUGCUCCAAAACGAGGUACAUGUCAGGUCUUGUAGCAAAGAAGCCAAUUGAAGCAAGUGCACUGCCCGCUGUGAACUAGGGGCACUCAGGUGUUGAGCUCCAGUCGGCAGAAGUCUAGCCGCGCCAUUCGGGUAGUCUGUAGUCCAGGCGACGCAGUGCUCUUUGCGAAAAGUCUGUGCUCUAUGGAUAAAUGAUAGUAUAUGGUUGCCUAUAUCCAAGUAGAUACCUCUCAUCUCAAAAUGCCCCUUUCUAUCAUUUUGUUUUUGUCGAUUGGCUUGUUUCCGUCUUCCCAAGACCAGAACGGCUAGAUAGCAAUUGAGAUAAAAUGAAAUGGUUCACAUCGACAUCCGACCAGUAACCCAUAUGAGAGGCUAUGGUGUUGAUGGGGUUGAAAUCGAGAACACUCCUAUGUC